AUGAAGGAAGAAGAAACUGUCAAGAAGUAUUCUGAUAGAACCAUGACUGUAGUUAAUAACAUAAGGCUCCUUGGUGAGCAAUUUGAUGAGGCAAGGAUUGUGGAGAAAGUACUCUCUACCUUACCAAAAAGGUAUGAAGCAAAAAUAUCCUCUUUAGAGGAUUCUAAAGACCUGGCAACCAUCUCCCUAACUGAUCUCAUUAAUGCUCUUUAUGCUCAAGAGAAAAGAAGAGCCAGUAGAAUGGAGGAGCAUCAGGAGGGAGCUUUUCAAGCCAAUGCCAAAGCAACCUCGAGCACUUCAACCUUUAAAGGAAAGAAGAACUGGAAAAACAGGCCUAAGCCUGAUGUUGCAAGAAGAGGAGAUCGACUUUGCAGAUUUUGCAAAAGACCUAGUCAUCCAGAGGCCAGAUGUUGGUUCAGGCAAGAUGCUGUGUGUCAACACUGCAAGAAGAAGGGCCAUGUUGAAAGGGUCUGCAAAGAAAAAGGUAGACCUGGCCAAAACCAACCACAGCACAAAAAUGAAGAAGCUCGAGUGGCUGAAGACAGUAGUGACCAUGAAGAAUCCUGCAAAACCAAGGUAAAAAUUGGGAAUGGUCAGCUAAUCAAGGCUCAAGGCAAAGGAGAUGUGCAAAUAUGCACUGCCACAUCUGACAAAAUCAUCAAAAAUGUGCUGCUGGUACCUGAGAUUGACAAGAACCUACUUAGCAUUUCUCAACUGCUAGAAAAGGGGUAUUAUGUUGUGUUCAAAGGCCAGGAGUGCCAAAUCACUGAUCCAAAUGGAUCAAGUCUCAUGACAGUCACCAUGAGUGACAAAUGCUUUGAAGUCAACUGGUCUGGUGACUCACACUCAGCCCAUGUUGCUUCAACAGAAGACACCAAGCUUUUGCAUCAAAGACUUGGUCAUGCCAACUUCAAAUCUAUAGCUCGGAUGGUCAGCAAGGAAAUGGUUGAAAACUUCACCAAGAUAGUUUAG